UGACUCCAACGACCUUCUUCACAUUUAAUGUCACUGAAAAUAUAAUGACCCCAUUAUCUCUAUGUUGGUGCAGCAGCUUGGUGCCGUGAUGGUGUAUAGAGAAGCUUGCCCCCUCCCCAGCCCCAACCUCAGACUGCGGUAAAGAGGAAGUUGUGUGGUUGCUGAGAGCUUCUUCGCACUCUCGCGCAGAGAAGAGCUAAUCUUUAUCCAUCAUUUGCUCGUCCGUCAUGGCUUCGGCCGGCGUCCUCCUUCUCCUCGGCCUCCUCCUGAGCUCUACCAGCUCGCUGCCUCCUCCUCGAACCUCCUUCCUCCUCAACUCUGCAUCCAGACCUCUGGUUCACUUCAGCCUCCCCGACGUCCACAACACCACCACGCUGCUGCUAAGUGGCGACGAAUCCACCCUGUAUGUUGGGGCACGAGACGCCAUCCUCUCGUUGGACGUUCGUCAGAGUGAAGUCAUAGUCCUGAAGAAGAAGGUGGAUUGGAGUCCAUCUGCGAAUGACAUCAACAGUUGUGAAAGUAAAGGGAAGAAUCCAACGGUCGACUGUCCGAACUUUGUCCACGUGUUGCAACCGUUAAACACCACCCAUCUUUACGCCUGCGGCAGCUACGCCUACAACCCCCAUGAUGCCUGCAUUGACGCUGAAAGCUUCUCUAUGGUCCAACGUGAUGGUGCUAAAGGUCGCUGUCCAUUCAGCCCCUUUGAGAGGAACACUGCCGUCAUCAUCGAUGGCGAGUUGUUUACUGCCACAACGAUCGACUUUAGAGGAGACAAACCACAAAUUUCUCGAUACUUCAGCAAAGAUAGCCGCUCAGACGUCAACCUGGACUCGUCCAUCAGAUUACUGGAAGAGCCAAAGUUCGUGGGUUCGUCGCUGGACCCGGCAGAAGAGAAACUCUACUUCUUCUUUAGUGAAGUUGGGAAAGAGUUCAACUUUGUGAACGAGCUGCAAAUCGCACGGGUGGCUCAAGUUUGCAAGCAUGACGUUGGUGGACAGAGGACGCUGCAGAAGAAGUGGACGUCCUUUGCCAAAGCCUCUCUGCUAUGUCAGUCCCAAAAACAGCUUCCCUUCAAUGUCCUACAGGAUGUGUUCACCCUCCAGCCACCAGAGGGAAGCGACACCUCAGAAACUCUGUUUUACGGCAUCUUCACCUCUCAGUGGUCCACAGGUCCCGAGUCUGCAGUGUGUGUCUUUAAGCUGCAGGACAUCAGGAUGGUGUUCACUGGGAGCUACAGGACCUUCAAUAUGCAGAACCACCAGUGGAGUCCACUAACGGAAAAGCACUCGUACCUGGGGAAGUGUGAACUGGACAAAUCUUCAGAUUCUGAGCUUAUGGAAGUGAAGAAGAGUUUCCUGACCAGCGGCAGCGUCAGACCAGUCGGAGGAAGUCCGAUUGUCGUUUCCUCAGAGCAACAGUACAAACGUGUUGCCGUGAUGAGGAUGCAAGCCGUCGAUGGCAAACAAUACACUGUCCUGUUCAUUCUCACAGAGUCUGGAUUCCUCCACAAGGUGGGUUUGUUUGAUCAAGGUCCUCGAGUCAUUGAGGAGAUUCAGGUCUUCACACAACCUCAGCUGGUCAAAAGCAUCGUCCUCUCCUCCUCCAAGGGAGUUCUGUACGUGGGAACCUCUGAGGGCGUGACUGCUGUCCCUGUGGCCUCCUGCUCCAUCUACCGGACCUGCAAUCAGUGUGUUCUGGCCAGAGAUCCACUGUGUGGAUGGAGUCGGACCAGGAAGCUCUGCACCCGUCUGGACGGCAGUCAUGAGAACAUGGUUCAAAACCUGCAGGGUGGCAAUGUAGAAGAGGAAUGUCAAGGAGAAACCAAGGCUGUUGUGGACACAGGAAUCACUUUUCAUUUGAACGAAGUGGUGAAGCUUCAGUGUCUAAAACCUUCCAACCUGGCCACUCUUACCUGGACCUCCCCUCGAUUCAAAAGUCUUCCAGAGAAACUCUUCAUUCGAUCAGCUGACGGCAGCCUCAGCUUCCUCGCCACCGCCAACACUUUCGGGACGUACCGUUGUGAGGCAGAGGAAGGCGGGUACAAGGAAGUCGUUGUGAGCUAUAAUAUCCAACAGACCGCCCCUCCACGCUCCAUUAGCCCAAAGCAAACAGAAGAUGAACAGCCAGUGCAUGAGGGCAAGGACGAGUCUUAUGAGGACAUUUCAACUGAGCAAACGGUGACUUCUGUGGUACAACCUUCAGGAGACAAAGAGGACUCUGACACCAAGGACAAACAAGAUACAUUUUCAACCACUUUGAAAGAUGAGACCAACUUACACAAAGAAGAUCCAAGAUUGUUAAACAACAACAGUUUGGACAUCAACCUGACUUCCACAACCAGCACCAGGUCUUCUCAGGAAUCCAGUGUUGAUACUCCUAAAGAGAAGAGCUACUACAGCGAGCUGGUUGGAGUUUCCAUCCUGCUGGCGAUCUGCAUCUGCAUCCUGAUGCUCGGAUUGCUCCAAAUAUGGCGAAAGCCGAAACCUGGCUUCACGCUGAAUCGUCUGAUCAGUCCAGAGGAUGACAGCAAAACCAACAAGUCUCUGGAGAUUUGCUCUCUGAGCAGCCCAGAGGAUCCUGCUCCUGAACUGAAGGUGGUGAACUAACAACAGGCUGCCUUCCACUGCAGAUACUCGGGUCACCAGUGCUUACAGCAAAGACCCUAAAGUCAGCCCUUUAGCCUUUUGUUACUAUGGUGGUGUUGGAUUUGACAGCUUCGACAACUACAAUGAGAAAGCAGAAAAAUAUCACUCAUUGUCCACUCCAAAUUUAACAAAUCAGCGUACUCUUCUUCGAGUGAAACCGAUCAGUGUUAAACCCCACUCAGCAGUUUUUCAGUGACCCCAGAAGUAACCAUGCUGAACUAGGUCCUAUUUUCUACCUCAAACAGCCCUGAAAGAGGUUCUACAUUUGAAACAUAUGUAAUGGUUGGGGUUGUCAUAAAUUGGACCUUAAGUUUCCCUGGGCAGGUGUAAGCUGGCGUCAACAUUUACACAAACAGCCCUCUAAUCAGUCCUUUCAGCCUUUCAGUUUCCAUUUUGUUGUUCCAACAGUUUUUAGCCCAACGUUAAGUCAUGAUUGCAACAAAACAACGACCAAUAGUGGUUACUGGACAUUAAGAUGACAGAAAAAAUUGCAUUGAUUGUCCUGUCCAAGUUUGACCAACCAGUGUUGAGACCUGCACAGCAGAGUUUUUUCAGGGCCACUCAGAUAUACCUAUGCUGAAGUAGGUGAUUUUCUCCAAGAGGUUCUAUGGAGAUAGUUCUUGUGGUCCAAACAUCCACAAAGGUUCAGGCUGUCCUAAGCCGCACAAUUUCCACCUAAGUUAGGAUUGGUAUUGUGUUAGCUUGAAGCAAACCACAUCACCUUUGAGAAAGCAUGGCACUCAGCUGCUAGCUAGCUAAAUCUUAAUUAAAUGGCUGCUCACUCAGUAGUUUUAGCUUGUGUUCCUGUUUCUGCAUUGUAGGACACCCAGAAAUCCAUAUUCUCUUUAAACUCAGAGGAAGUCCCAUUAGGAGGAUUUCACAAAAAGAGUGUUCCUUUAAUAUACGGCUUAACAUUCUCCAGAAAGCUAAUAUGCAUACAACAAUGUUAGUUCACUGGCUAGUGUUGGGUAGUGGGCUGCAUUUUCCAGAUCAGACCAUUUCUGAAGCACAGUGGAGUAUUUAGUGAAAUAAAACUGAGGAUCUGUAGGUGAUGCCACCUUUGUACAUGGACAUAAAUGUGUAGCCGACAUCACCAACCAACCCUGACAUAUAUAUUGAAUUUAACAGUUAAAAAGCGAGAAAUGGGAAACUCAGCAGGAAAACAAAAAAUGUGAGCCUUUCAUUUACCUGCUAUUUACUGCUUGCUGAUUUUGACGCCUCUAAAGAAAGGAAGUAUUCCUGAUAUGUCUUGAGUUUCAGGGUCUUUUAGUUCUUGAUAUGAAUAAUCUAAUCAGGAAUUCCCCUGUUGAUAACUGGUGUUUGUUUUUGUUGUUGUUGUUGUUCUGCCUUAUUAAUGUAGUGAAACUGAACUUGAGAUUCUUUGGUUUCAUUCCACUGCAUGUUUUACACUCAUUUCACUUUUGCUGCAUAAAAAGACAAAAUUACAACUUUACAUCUGUUUCAUUAGUGAGCUUUUGUGUUUAUUGAAACCAAACUGAUAUUUAGAUUAAAUAAAAAAUCAUCAAUAGCUCCAUUCUAAAAAACAUCUUCAUUUUUCAUGUUAUUGUAUGACUCAGCAUGACAUUGUUACAUUUUUACGAGAGACUUCUUAUGACAGCAAAAGGUUUAAACUUCUUUUUAGUUCUUUAGAAUUUUUGCAAAGAUGCACAUUAGUUUUUUUUUUUUUUUUUUUACAGCUGUGAUAUUUGAGGAUUAUAUUAUUAUUGUGUUAGUUUUAUUCACGCAGACAAAGACUGUGGAAGUUGGACAUGUCCUGCACAGAAUCUUUCUGCAUGUUUCUCAGGAAAAAAAUUAUGUGGAAUAAUUCAAUUUUAGUUUAAGCAGAAUAUAGUGGCAUCUGGAAACAAUGUGGGGAUGCAUAAGCUGUUUUUUGUGAGUAAAUGUUAUGGAUAUUUUAUAUGAAUUUUGGAAAUCAGGGCUCUACAUCCUGUCUGUUGAUGUAUUUGUAUUUUAGAUGAAUGAAUGUAAGCAGGUGAGAUCUGGCACCUGCUGUGAAUGUAUCAGACAUUUAUCAGUAACUAUCAAUAACAAUCAAUAUCAUUGUGCUUGAGAUUUUUAUUAAUAAGUGAAAUUAAUCAUUUCUUCAUGUGUAAUUUUCGCUCUGUCGCCUUCUUGUGACGCAAAUUAAAAUUACACAAGGUGAACAUGCUGCAUAAUAGCUUUUUUUUUUUUUUUUUUAAAUAUAUUAGGAAGUUGUGUCCCAAUUUAUUGAUUUGACAUCAUUUGUUGUUAGUGCCUCAGUCUUGAAUGUGUUUUAUUGAUCCUUAUAAUGAUCCAGAAUCUCCAGAACACACAGGUAUUGUGCCUCAAGUUUGUUAAGUUUAGUUUUUUGAGUUUUUUUUUUUCUUUUACAAUAACUGCAGCAAUGAAAACUUUACAGGUUUUUUUUUUUUUUUUGCUCUUAUAGAGUAAUUCUCUGUAAUUACUUUUGUCACAGAUGUAAAAGCUUCUCCUUUCACUGAUGCUCAAACAGCUUUAAUACGUUUGUGAGCUCCUUGUGGUGAAAAUGCACCAAAACGAGAUAAAAACACGCCGUCAUCUGCUGGUUCAAUAAAUGUAACAAAGGAUUAAUAAACAUGUUUAUAAAGACUAUCUAGUGUCGCUGCCUGUCUAACACAUACUCACAUACAUAAUCUUAGUUUAAUCUCUGCAUUUUUGGCCCCAGAAUUUUGUUAAGUCAUUAAAGAUAACCUUGAAUAAACUUAAUAAAGGCAAUGUUUCAUAAUUCAUGACCACCUGAACACACACAUGCAGCAAAGUUAAACCGAGAGCUGCAUUAGGGACAAACUAAUGUUGCAUUUUGACAUAUAUCUGGCAAGAAGAACAGUCUGUCUGUCGAAUAACUGUCUCAUCACACUUUCACAGUCUUCGUACCAGCGUUCUUCAAGCCAUAGUCACAGUCUGUUUUGUUACGACCUUGCUGCUGUUUUUGGACCUUGCCUUUCGCCUCUCGCUUUUUGGAUACCUCUGCCUGAUUUGACUGACCUUCUGUGUACCCAACCCUGACCAGUAAUAAACCUGCCUUUUGGCCUGAA